AUGUCGUUGAUGGGCCGUCCGAACAAAUUCCCCGCCUGGGUAUUUUUGGGAACCACUAAUGCGUCGAGGACCACAAACCGUUGCCCUUCAUCCUCCCUUCUUUUUUUACCCUUCCCGCCGCCGGUGCCUCAUCUACUGCCCUUUCUAUCAUCUGCUCGGAUCAAAAAUGUCUCCAGAAUCGAUGGAGAAGCCCGGACAAGGCUUGAAAAAUUGGAGCAGACCGUUAAAAACAUCAAGCUCUACCUCCAAGCUAGUAAGCUGCAACAAUGGACCAUGUGGGAGUUUGUUGGGCUCGUCCUCCAAGUGGUUGGAGAAGGAAAGCUCGCCAACGUGAGAGCCGUACAACUCUUUACCGCCCGCGCCCGUGAAGUUAACCGCGGCCUUGCUGCGGGGUAG